GACGUCAUCUGCCAUCACCUCCCAGCAGACUCUGACGUCACAGCCAGCCAGUCACCAUCGAUUGAGCAGGAGUGUGAUGGCUUCCGUGGCCCUGUGUCGCCUCCACUAACUUUACCACCACUUCAGCAGCACGCCACACAGCUGUCUCCACUGCUAGAUAACACAGACACCAUGGGGUCCCUCUUCCGUAGUGAAGGAAUGGCCCUCUGCCAGCUCUUCUUGCAGAGUGAAUCUGCUUACACCUGUGUAUCAGAACUGGGCGAGUUGGGACUGGUGCAGUUUAGAGAUCUCAAUCCUGAUGUUAAUGCUUUUCAACGCAAGUUUGUAAAUGAAGUACGGCGUUGCGAUGAAAUGGAAAGGAAACUCAGGUAUCUGGAGAGGGAAAUCCGUAAAGAUGGCAUUCCAGUCUUGGAUACUGGAGAAAAUCCAGAAGCACCCAUGCCUCGGGAGAUGAUUGAUUUAGAGGUAAAGUUUGAAAAGUUAGAAAAUGAACUGAAGGAAGUGAACAGUAAUGCAGAGACCCUGAAAAGAAACUAUCUUGAGUUAACUGAAUUGAAGCACAUCCUCAAGAAAACUCAAGUCUUCUUUGAUGAGGCUAUGUACCCUCCCAACCUUCCUUACGACCAAGAUGCGUUUUUUGAUGAGGAACAAGUCAAUCUACUGACCGACUCAUCACUCCACCAGCUCAAGCAUAUUGGAUUUGUUGCUGGUGUCAUUCUGCGUGAGAGAAUUCCUGCCUUUGAGCGCAUGCUGUGGAGAGCAUGCAGAGGAAAUGUUUUCUUGCGACAGGCUGAAAUUCCUGAACCACUUGAAGAUCCAGCCACUGGUGAGCAAGUGUACAAGUCAGUGUUCAUCAUAUUCUUCCAAGGAGACCAUUUGAAGAUGAGGGUGAAAAAGAUUUGUGAAGGCUUCCGGGCUACUAUGUACCCAUGCCCAGAGGCUCCAGCAGAUCGACGGGAAAUGGCUAUGGGAGUAAAAACACGUCUUGAUGAUUUAAACACUGUGCUGAGUCAGACUCAGGAUCACCGUCACCGAGUGCUGGUCUCUGCUGCACGUAACAUCCGGGCAUGGAUGAUGAAGGUGUGGAAGAUAAAGAGUAUCUACCACACACUCAACAUGUUUAAUCUGGAUGUAAUUCAGAAUGGGCUGAUCGCAGAAUGCUGGAUUCCUGUUGCCAACCUGGAGGACGUUCAACUGGCUCUGAGGAGAGGCACAGAGAAAAGUGGGAGUCUGCCUGCCAUCCUCAAUAGACUCAGCACUCAGGAGGCUCCCCAACCUUUCCACCGCACCAACAAGUUUACUAAGGCUUUUCAGGCUUUAAUUGAUUCUUAUGGAGUAGCUACUUACAGAGAAAUUAAUCCAGCACCAUAUACAAUCAUCACGUUUCCCUUCCUGUUUGCCAUAAUGUUUGGUGACCUUGGUCAUGGCAUCAUUAUGGCACUCUUUGGGGCAUGGAUGGUAUGGCGAGAGAAACCCCUGUCAGCAAAGAAGACUGAUAAUGAGAUUUGGAACAUAUUCUUCGGAGGUCGCUAUAUUAUCUUCCUCAUGGGAGUGUUCUCCAUGUACACAGGACUCAUUUAUAAUGACCUGUUUUCUAAAUCUCUCAAUAUAUUUGGAUCAUCAUGGCAUGCAAACUACAAUGAAUCCACUCUCAAGGACAACAAAGAACUCACUCUGGAUCCUGGUGACUCUAUGCAAUAUGACCAGACACCCUACCCUUUUGGACUAGAUCCAAUGUGGCAAAUUUCAACUAACAAAAUAAAUUUCAAUAAUUCAUAUAAGAUGAAAAUCUCAAUAAUCUUUGGUAUUGUCCAUAUGAUGUUUGGAGUAAUCCUCAGUGUCUGGAAUCAUAGGUUCUUCAACAGACCCAUGAAUAUCUACUGUGAAUUCAUUCCUCAGCUCCUGUUCUUGUUCUGCCUAUUUGUCUACCUAGUGCUGCUUGUUUUUCACAAGUGGGUAUGGUAUGGUGCUGGAGGAGAUGUAGCAUCCUCCCCCAGUUGUGCCCCUUCCAUCCUUAUAACUUUCAUUAAUAUGGUACUAGUGAAAGCCUAUGAAGAGCCAGAAGCAGAAUCACCGUGUUCCCCUUAUAUGUAUAGUGGUCAGUUUGGGAUACAGCGGUUCCUCUUGAUUGUGGCCCUGAUUUGUGUGCCCUGGAUGCUGUGUGCUAAGCCAUUCCUCCUGCAUCGUGCAAACAAACAAAAGCAGCUGGUUAUGCAAGCCAAUGGAGGAGAGGGAGUAGUGGAGGAAGGCAAUGCUGGUGCUGGUGGAACCAGUGGAGAGGUGGUGGAGGAGCACACAGAUAUGGGAGAAGUGAUGAUACAUCAAGGAAUACACACCAUUGAGUAUGUUUUGGGUAGUGUCUCCCACACAGCCUCCUACCUGCGGCUGUGGGCACUGUCCCUUGCCCAUGCCCAGCUCAGUGAGGUCCUUUGGGGAAUGGUGCUUCGGAUUGGCCUCACAUUUGGAGAGGGUGGUGCUGGAGGCAUCUGCAUGUACGUUAUGUUCGCCUUCUGGGCGACACUGACUGUGGCUAUCUUGGUGUUGAUGGAAGGCCUUUCUGCCUUCCUUCAUACUCUUCGGCUGCAUUGGGUUGAAUUUCAAAGCAAAUUCUAUGGUGGCACAGGCUAUCCCUUUGUUCCAUUUGCCUUUGAAACCAUUCUGGAUCAAGCUGAAAAUACUGUUACUGAGCAGUAAAGAUCAUCAACUAGUCAUUUAGUGUGUUAGCUUUAUGGUUCUCAGUAUUUAAAUGCCCAUAGAAGUCUAACAGUUAAAAUGUUAUGGAAUUAAUUACUCUGAUGAUGAGUGGUUCUUUCUUUAGAUGACGUUAAGCGCAUACAUAUAAAUGUUAUGAAGAGUACUUUAGAAAUAAGCAUGUUAAUGUUAUACCUGUAGUAUAUCCAGAGGAUAUUAUUCAUUGUGAUAACAUGACCUGAAAUUGCAUGAAAAUACUUCUUUAAGGGUUUUCUCAGCUACUGAGGACUGAUCUUUUACUCUUAUUGCUAUCAAUAUCUGAAAGAUUUAUGUAACUUCAUUCCACAUAUGGUUUUUACAUUCUGUAUUUCCAAGAAUGUUUGUAGAAAUCACACAUUAUCACAAUGUUCAUAUUUAUACUUGUGUUCAUUCUAAGUUUUCCAGUUUACUUUUUUAUCUCCCAACAGUUGAUGAUAAUAGUAAUGUCACUGAAUCUUAUUACGCAUGAUAUACAUUACGGAUUAGUAUUGGAUUAUAUCUUGAAAACUGUUAUUAUUGUUAUUUUAUUAUUAUUAUUAUUAUUAUUUUAUUAUUUUAUUAUCAUUGUUAUUAUUAUUAUUAUUAUUAUUAUUAUUAUUAUUAUUAUUACUAUUAUUAUUAUUAUUAUUAUUAUUAUUAUUAUUAUUAUUAUUAUUAUUAUUAUUAUGGAAAAUGACAAAUAAGUUAUGUAUAUUAAGGAAAGCAUAUUUGAGUAUUAUCACCGCUUCUGGAAAUCUAAUAUGAUUAUAGGGAUUGGAGAAUAAAGUCUAAUUAUUUAUAACAGGUUUAAAAGCCAAUACUUACACCAUUCUACUGAAUGAACUGCAGUAAGCAUGAUGACAUCUUUGAGAUGAAGUGAGUUUCCUCCUAUUUAAAAACAAAAAAAAUAAGGUGGACGUUUUCUGGCAACAUAAAUUUUCAAAUAGCAUUUGUUAUCUAUAUUAUUUGGCAGAUUUAUUUACUAGGAACAAGAACUUAUGAGGCAGCGUGGUAUCAUAACAUUUUGGGGGAAAGCUUUAAAGCAUUAUGGCAAUUUCAACUAGGUCACCUUAUCUUCAUUGCACCUAAAGCUGUUGACUGUGUAUUAUUUUUUUCUCAUUAUAAUGAAGUAUUUAGGGAUCUCAUUUUAUGAAAUAAAUGUAUAUGUUUACAAUGUUUACUUCAUGUGUUCAAACUUUUAAAAACUUACAUGAUUAGUUAUCAGUGUAUCAUUAUCUCCAUUCAGGUUUUUGCUGAUUCCAAAGAGUAAUCAUAUUUUUAAGUUGAUUAGGCUGCCUUAACUGAAUGCUGAUAGUGAAAUUCAUUAAAUACAACAAACAACUGAUUUCAGAAUUCAUUGCAUCUUAGUGUAUGCAUUAUCUCUUUCAUAAUCAUUUAAAUGUGGCAGUACAGUAUAGUACACACACACACACACACACACACACACACACACACACACACACACACACACACACACACACACACACACAGUUCCUUGGACCUUCCAUGAUUCCGAAUUCUCUAUCUCUCUUGUCUCUGCCUCUCUUUUCCUCAAUCAAUCUACCCAUAUUAGCUGGAGCAGCUCUGAAGUAAAAGGGCACAUUUUCACUAACUUUGCUCAACUACUACUUAGUAAAAAUUUUCUUAAAGCAUACCAUAUCAAAGAGAAUUUAUCAAGAUAAUCAUUACUUUUAAUGGCAAAUUACUCAUCAUAGUUACUAAAUCCCAAAAUCAUUCCAUUGCAACCUCACUAAUUUUCAAACAUGUUACUAUUCAUAGUGAUUACUGUGUCUCAUGAUAUUUUGAUCACAGAUUUUACUUGUUAGUUUGGGACAUUGGAAUUCAAUGACAGAUACCUAGCUAUAUAUAAAAUCCUAUUUAUAAUUUUGACAGUUAAAUCUAAAGAUAAUUACUAAUAAGAGACCAUGAGGAUUUUUAGGCUCUUACAAACCUUGCUUUCUUUACUCAAAGUUUCUCCACCACUGAGAUGCAAGAAUUGAUAUUGGAAAUUUUUUUUUGGUAAAGAUGUUUCUGCAGACACACUUCAGAAUCUCUUUCUUUGUUCCUAUUAGAAUAUUGUGUAAUAUUUAUGAUUUACAUGACUACAUUGACAAUAGUUAGGAGGUAAUUUUUGUAAUUAAAAGCCUUGCAACUAUUGUUGAAAAUCGUACAUACACACUUUGGACUGCCUGGCUAUUUGAAAGUGGUUAUCAAUAUUAUUUCCUUAUUUAUUCAUUUAUUUAUGUAUUUUCACCACUAAUUAACAAUUACAUAUACUGUAUGUGCAAAGCAAAACUAUGAAUACUUUGUUAUUUUAUAUAAAUCUGCAUUGGACAUGUGUAUAACCGUGUUCUAUCCAAAAUCAAAUUAAAUCAUCGACUAUAUACCCACUGUAUUCUAAGAUGAUUGUAAUGUAUGGAUUCUCAUUGUACAAACAACAAUGAUGAGAGUGAUGAUUAUGAUGACAACAAGGAAGACAAGAGGGGAGUAGCAGUGGGAAUAUCUACCUUAGUAAUGAUAUAAUUUUAAAAUAGUAUAUUGCAAGUAUGAUAUUUUGUAAGAGAAUAUGAUUGAUUUUGCAAGAGAAUAUGAUUUUCAUAUCUUCGUGGCACACCAAGAAUAGCUCGGAUUACCUUGAGACAGUCAUUGAUUAAACUUAUCAGGGAAAGUGUCUACAACCUGGAAUGGUUGUAGAGAGGAAAAAAAUCAAUUUUACAUCUAAUAGCUAAUUGUGUUCAGUGUUUCUUUUUUUUAAUAGAUUUUAUGUUACUGGGAAUCUACAGUCUUUGCUGUCCUGUUUAAUGAUGAGGUCCCCUGGCAGAGUAAGACACUUUUUAUUUGCUUGAUCAUCCAUUGUUAUAAUUUGCAAAGGGGGACAUUAAAUGUGUGUUUAUGUGUGUGUGUGUGUGUGUACAUGUGCAUGUGUGCAUGAGUGUGUUUAAGAACAUAAGCAAUGUUCAAAGAAUCCUGCAGGCUUACAUGUGACAGUCCUUAUAUGUAGCAUAACUAUUUAUAUCCACUAAUCAUCCUUGUCCAUAAAUCUAUCUAGUCUUCUAAAGUUCCCUUUUAACAUGCCACUAACAAUUUCAUCACUAGUUAUUCCAAUCAUACACCACUGCUUGAGAAUUUCUUUUGUACUUUUUUUAAUAGUAAUUUUAUCAAGCUUAAAUCCUUUGCUUUGUUUUCUCCUGAUUAUUAAUCCCAAGAUUUUGCUGUUAUCCCAUUAAAUAUAUCCCUUAUGCCACUAAAUUUAUUUCCAUCAGAUUCCCUUAAUUUAUAUUUCUAUUGAAGUGCAAAUUUAAAAGCUUUAAUCUUCUCAUAAGGAAUAUUUUGCAUUUAUAUAUUUUUGCCAUUCUUCUUUUCUAACACCUACAGAUUUAUAUGUAGUCUAGAUGAGUGGUCAAUUUUCUCUCUCUCUCUCUCUCUCUCUCUCUCUCUCUCUCUCUCUCUCUCUCUCUCUCUCUCUCUCUCUCUCUCUCUCUCUCUCUCUCUCUCUCUCUCUCUCUCUCUCUCUCUCUCUCUCUCUCUCUCUCUCUCUCUCUCUCUCUCUCUCUCUCUCUCUCUCUCUCUUCAAUGGCCAGAUCUCAUCCAGAUUAUCGUCGUCAUAUUACAAAAGGUAUUAGAUCUGUUGUAGUUAAAAUAAUAGAAUAGCAAAAAUAUAUUGAUGCAAAGUAUUCCUUAUGAGGAGACUGAAGCUUUUGAAUUCUAAAUUUGUCUUUAAUAUAAUUUAAGGAGUAUGGUUUUUAAUGCUGUUAAGAACUUACCCUAAUUCUGACCUUUAAACAUUGUUUCUUUUGAGCUAUCUGAGUCCUAGAUAUUUUUCAGAUGCCUAUCAAUGCCUGACUCAUUCUAAAUUAUGUAGCUAUUAUAUGAUACACACACACACACACACACACACACACACACACACACACACACACACACACACACACACACACACACACACACACACACACACACACUUUUAAAGUAAGAUUGGAUAAGUGUAGAUAUGGAGACGGGGCCACAUGAGCAUAAAGCCCAGGCCCUGUAAAACUACAACUAGGUAAAUACAACUAUGUAAAUACACACAUGUCACUCAAAGCCCCAGCAAGUGGCAAUGUUCAGCUCCCACAGUGAACUUAUACAAGAUUUAAGUUGAAUGAUUUGCAUUACUAAAGAAAAGUAGCUAAAAAUGGACAGGAGGAAGUGUUACCAAAUGCUAAAAAUGAAAAAUGUCUGGAUAAACCAUGUAUUGUUAAUCCACGAAAGCAUCUAUGAAUACUACUAUAAACAAAGCUAAAAGCAUUAUAUCUGAACCAUCUAAAGUCCAAUUGACUUUAUAAGCUGUAAAUUGAAUUCAUAUUAAUUGGACCAAGAAUAUGUAGGGUUAAAGUGCAUUAUUAAAUUUAGUGUUCAGUUAUUUGAUUGAGCACAAAAUAUAGAAGAUGAAAAAAAAAAUAGGGGGCAUUAAUGGACUUACGUUCAAUGCAGAUGUAUGUAUUCCUUAUUUGACUUUACUUUAUUAUACUACUUCAAACGGACUGUAAAGCCAUAACCAUGGUAUUCGUUUUGCUUUAUCUAUUUGCAAACCCCUAUAUCAACUGUAUUUCAAUUCAAACAAUGGGUCAGCUGUAACCAAUGUAAAAGCACAAACACCUCGAAGUGAGAUGAGUAAGGGAGUUGAUUUAUAUGUACUUUCUAGCAAAGAUGAAGACUUGUCUCAAAAUUAAGAAAUCUCUUGUCUAUAUCCAAAUCUCAAGGUGUAUGAUUCUUUUUAUUCAGUGUAAGUAAAAUGUUUUGGGUCUCAUAUAUGUGACUUGUAAGAUGAUUGUAGCUUUGAGAAAAUUAAUCUGUAUGCAUGUAGAAAAUAUUUAUUUUGAAAUGGAAUUAAAAUUCUCAAUAUAUGUAAUUAAGUUACCUGCCUAGUCAUUUGGUUCAACUUCAAAAAAAUAUAUCCAUUAGAAAAUA